AUGUUUGAUGUCAAAACCAAAAAACCCCAGUAUUCUUCUAAAGGGAAAAUUGGAGGCCUAAACCCCAAGGGGAAAAAGAUACAAUACAAUGAAGCCAUGGAGCAAAACAACUCCUCAAUAAUGACAAAUGAAAUUACAAGCUCCACAUUAGCUGUGAAUAUGAUCCCUCUCCUAGUAGUAUCUUUAUCCAACAACAACAUGAUAUCUUUCAUCCAUAUACCCCCCAAAAGCUAUAUAAACAAUUUCAGCAUCUUCUUGAUGGGGCUUAUUGAAAUAACAUUGGACAAGAAGGAACACACAAAAGUGAACCCACUUAAACAAGUUGUGUCAAUGUCCUUCAUUCAAAUAUCAAUUGUUGGAAUCAAAACACAAAAGGUAUAUAUACAGGAGAUUUGCAUUUUGCACCAGUAA